UUCCCCUGAAAUAAUUAAAGCCUCUAUAUUCAUCGAAGUAUCAAACCUCUGCAAAUAAAACCAUACACAACCUUAGAACAAAAAUUCAAUUCAAUUCUACACAGUUGAAAUGCAAGCCUCACCCUACAGUUCCAGAAAACAAGAUGAUUCUGAGUUCAAUAACACCAACCCUAGAAGGUACUCAGCAUCAUAUAUAAGAAACAUUAGAGAAGACAUAACAACAACAACAACAACAAGGUCUUUUAGAUCAAACACAACCAUUUCUAGCACUGCUUCCUCACCUGGAUACUCAUUUAAAGAUGAAAUAGAUCCUUCAAUUUAUUCUUUCAAUACCGCUCUUAAAGCAUUGCAAACAAGGUACUGUAGAAGUAGCUGGGAAUGCUUAUCCCCAGAUGGGUUUGCAUUGAAUUCAAAGUGGAGUGAAGCAGAGAAAUAUAUAUGCAACCCAAUUUCAGGGGAGGUACCAAUGGAAUGCUUAUCAGCAAAAUCUCUUAGUGGAAGAUCAUUCAGAAAACCAUCAUCAACAAUAAACACUACUAUUAGAGUAGUGUCUGAUCCUCUAGUUUAUUCUUCAAGACAAAUCCAAACAAAGCCUUCAAUCUACAGUAAUAUACAAGAAGAAGAAGAUGAUGAUGAUGUAGCUCUUCAGUUUCCAAAUCCAGAAAUUAAGAAAGAGGAAAUGACAAUAGAGGCUGAUGGUACUCAAAAUACAACUCCUUAUCUUAGUACAAGCAGUGGCAAUAGUGCUCUAACAUCAUGCAUUCCAGAGAGAUCAACAAAGCCAUACUAUGAAGAUUCACCUAAUUCAAUUGCCAUAAACAAAUCUAAAGAAGAGGUAGAAAUGCAAGGUAAAGAAACAUGGGAAGCAAUAAAAGAAUCAGAAAGAAGAAAGAAUGAGUAUAUGAAGAGAGAUGUGCAACUUUGCAGGCGAAGUGGGUGUUUUUCAUGGAUGAAGCAUAAUAAGAGGCAUAGAGAGAAUAAUGAAAGACGCAGAAAGAAUACUACAUCUUUCAUACAUUUUAAAGGUUGCUAAAGAAAGAGUUUGAAAAUAUCUUAAAAGAAUAAGUGGCAACUACAUUAGGAUGAUGAGAUGCCAAUAAUUUCUUUGUUCUCUCACUUUCUUCCGCAAUUUUCGCAACUUAUUACCAUGGUGGUAUAUUUUUUCAGGAUUUUCUGUGCGAAUGCAAACAAGUGAUGAUUUGUAUA